AUGUCUCAGACGCCAAGACAAGAUCAAUUCAUAGCCAACGACGUCACGUCGAACUCUUCGAAUAGUACGCGGCCUAUGCUUGUCAAGGAAUAUAAAAAAAUCGGACAUGGAGCUUUUGGAACUGUGGUACAAGCGUUUUUGACUCCGGAUAAUAAUAAAUGGUACGGUCCGUUCGCUAUCAAAAAGGUGCCGGCUCAAACUGAAUACAAAUCGAGAGAAUUGGAAAUGCUACGGAUUGCAGAGCAUCCCAACGUGGUCAAACUGGAGUAUUUCUUUACACACGUAUCGCCGCAGGACAACAAGGUUUAUCAACAUCUUGCCAUGGAAUGUCUCCCGGAAACUUUGCAAUUCGAAAUCCAUCGGUAUGCUUUAAAUAAGUUGGAACUGCCCUUAAAGCAUACCAAGCUAUACACAUACCAAGUUGCACGCGGUAUGCUGUAUCUGCACGCACUGGGCAUCUGCCACCGUGACGUGAAGCCAUCAAACGUGCUUGUGGACCCAAAUUCCGGUGUGCUCAAGAUUUGUGACUUUGGGUCUGCCAAAAAACUCGAACAAAACCAGCCUUCUAUCAGCUACAUCUGUUCCAGAUUCUAUAGAGCUCCGGAACUCAUAGUAGGAUGCACGCAAUAUACUACUCAGAUAGACAUUUGGGGGCUGGGGUGUGUAAUGGGGGAAAUGCUGAUAGGCAAAGCAGUUUUUCAAGGCCAGGAGCCCUUACUGCAGCUGCGGGAAAUUUCCAAACUACUGGGCCCUCCAGACAAGAAAUUCUUGUUUUUUUCUAACCCAUCUUACGAUGGGCCACUUUUCUCGAAGCCUUUGUUCACUGGAACUGUGAAAGAGCGUUUUGAAAAGCAUUUCGGUCAAGCUGGCCCCGAUGGCGUGGAUUUGCUGAUGAAAAUAAUGACAUAUGAACCGGAGCGCAGACUUUCGCCGCGGCGUAUCCUGGCGCACCCAUUUUUCGAUGACUUGAAAAAAGAACGUUAUUUCUUUCCUCGCGGCCAUACUCAACCAAAAUGCCUACCUGAGCUGUUUGAUUUUACACCUUUCGAGAUGCAAAUCAUUGGUGAACUGGCUCCAGAGGUUCUACCACAAGAGUAA